CACGGAAAGCCUGCUCACCACUGCACUUAGCAAGCACAUGAGCUUAAAAAUAAACUUUGACAAUGUAGAUCUCUUUGUCCUUUUAGGAAUGGAAAACAUUAUGUACUUCAAAGCAUACUAAGCCCGAUUUUAAAAUAUAGUUGGGAUAUUAUUACUGUGGCAGUUGGGAGUGUCUUUAGGCUGCACACAGUACCCGAUGCUUUGGGUGCAGUAGUACUUGAGCCACAGACUAAUGCGAGUAAAUGACUCUGGCAAUUUGGAUAUGCUCAUUCAUAAGGAAGAAACUUCUGCCUUUUAAGUUCUCUGGGACAACUGUGAUAUAGUUCCUCCUUUCAAUGAGGGAAUUUCUUCCUGAACCAAACCGCAAAAACAGUGUUUGAGUAGCACAUUUUCACUUGCAUACAGCAGCGUUUGUUCACUUUUGAGUGUUUCUGGACAGGAAAUCGAUCUACAGGGUAACAUUCACACACAAAAAGGAAGCAGUAUGGGACGAUGUCUUGUUAGUACAAGUGACUCUGUUUGGGAAAUUACGGACAAGAAACCUUGGAGGAAGAACGGCGUUAAAGAUCAAAAGCAUGAUGACUCCUGAUGAAAACAUCCCCAAAUGAUGAACCCACGAGCAAAAAGGAACUUCUGCUUGGCGGCCCCUGAUUUGCUGGAUCCUAAGUCUGCUGCUCAGAACUCCAAACCCAGGCUCUCCUUCUCCACCAAACCCACCGUGCUUGCUUCCCGGGUGGAGAGUGACACGACCAUCAAUGUUAUGAAAUGGAAGACGGUCUCCACGAUUUUCCUGGUGGUCGUCCUCUAUCUCAUCAUCGGAGCCACCGUGUUCAAAGCCUUGGAGCAGCCUCACGAGAUUUCCCAGCGGACCACCAUCGUGAUCCAGAAGCAGACGUUUAUUUCCCAACACGCCUGUGUCAAUUCAACCGAGCUGGACGAACUCAUCCAGCAAAUAGUGGCAGCAAUAAAUGCAGGGAUUAUACCUUUAGGAAACACCUCCAAUCAAAUCAGUCACUGGGAUUUGGGAAGUUCCUUCUUCUUUGCUGGCACUGUUAUUACAACCAUAGGAUUUGGAAACAUCUCACCACGCACAGAAGGGGGGAAAAUAUUCUGUAUCAUCUAUGCCUUACUGGGAAUUCCCCUCUUUGGCUUUCUGUUGGCUGGAGUUGGAGAUCAACUAGGGACCAUAUUUGGAAAAGGAAUUGCAAAAGUGGAAGAUACAUUUAUUAAGUGGAAUGUUAGUCAAACCAAGAUACGAAUCAUCUCCACAAUCAUCUUUAUUCUGUUUGGCUGCGUACUCUUCGUCGCUCUGCCUGCGAUCAUAUUCAAGCACAUAGAAGGCUGGAGUGCCCUGGAUGCCAUUUAUUUUGUGGUUAUCACCUUAACCACCAUUGGCUUUGGCGACUACGUUGCAGGUGGAUCGGAUAUUGAGUACCUAGACUUCUAUAAGCCUGUCGUGUGGUUUUGGAUCCUUGUAGGGCUUGCUUACUUCGCUGCUGUCCUGAGUAUGAUUGGAGACUGGCUCCGAGUGAUAUCAAAAAAAACAAAGGAAGAGGUGGGAGAGUUCAGAGCCCAUGCUGCUGAGUGGACGGCCAACGUCACGGCUGAAUUUAAGGAAACCAGGAGGCGGCUGAGCGUGGAGAUUUAUGACAAGUUCCAGCGUGCCACCUCCAUUAAGCGGAAGCUCUCUGCAGAACUGGCUGGAAACCACAACCAGGAGCUGACUCCCUGUAGGAGGACCCUGUCCGUGAACCACCUGGCCAGCGAGAGGGAUGUCCUGCCUUCCUUACUGAAAACAGAAAGUAUCUAUUUGAACGGACUGACACCACACUGUGCGGGCGAGGAAAUCGCUGUUAUUGAGAACAUUAAGUAGCCCUCUCUUUGAAGAGCCUCAGGCAUAGCAAUUAGGUGAGGACUUCUAUAUGCUCUUUAUGACUGUUGCUGGUAGCAUUUUUAAAAUUGUGCAUGAGCUCCAAAGGGGGAAAAAAAUAGAUACACCCAUCAUGGUCAUCUGCCAUCAAGAGAAUUGGAAUUCUGAGCCAGCACUCCUUUUUUUUUUUUUUUUUUUUUUUUUUGAUGAUGCUUGUUGAACAGUCCACUUUCUUUGACGAGUGGAAUAAAACAAGCGAUGUCUGAUGCCUUUUUUGUGCCCAGACUGUUUUGCUCCCUGUUCCUAAUGUGCCAUAAGGCCUCAGAAUGAAUUAUAAUUGUUUCUGGUAAUAAUGUAGCUUUGAGGGAUCAGUCCUUACUUUUCAGGGUCUACCUAACUGAGCCUAGAUAUGGACCAUUUAUGGAUGACAACAUUUCUUUUUGUAAAUGGCAAGAAAUUCUUAUGCAGCCUUUUACCUAAGAAAUUUUCUGUCAGUGCCUUAUCUUAUGAAGAAACAGAACCUCUCUAGCUAAUGUGUGGUUUCUCCUUCCCUGCCCCACCCCUAGGCUCAACUCCACAGUCCUUUUCCCCACAGCUCCCGUUUGAAUACCAUACCUUGCUGGAAACAAGUGUGUAAAAUGACCGAAGUGAUGAUGCCCGAAGAAGGAAUAGAUGCCAAAUUAGAUGGACACUGAAGCAAAACUCAGAAACCCUAGCAUUAUAGGCACUGCAGAGAAAUGAGGUGCAAAGAUGGCCCCUCUGAGUAUUUAUUUGACUCGGGUACCAAUGGUACAUGUAUACGGUGUAAUUACCAGGCCAGUAAAAUUGACUGCUCCCAAACAGUCCCUUCUUUUCCUGGCAGUAUUUAAAAUUUAUCAUUUAUUACUAACUAUGUAUGUAUGUGUAUAUAUAUAUAUACAUAUAUAUAUACACAUUUUUUAAAGGUGGAAGAAGAAAAUCCAUAUAUAUAUAUAUAUAUAUAUAUAUAUAUAUAUAUCCAUAAGUGAUCUGACAAAAGAAAACUGUUAAAAUGGAUAUUAUUGAAGAUGAAUUUAGACAAUUGGUGUGAAUUGCCACUCAGAUGACAUGAAGAGAGCCAAGCAAUGUGUUAUAAGCAUUUGCUAAUAAACAUUAUACUGCCAGCAUCUAUCUGUUUUCUGAUGUAUGAAAGGCUUAUAUGGUUUUCUUUCCCUGGGUAAAUUGUGCCCAGUUGAGGGGAGGGGAUGCAUAGGCAGAGUUGGGCACAGCCCUCGCCUUCCGUGGGUGUACCUCUGGAGUUGUGGCUGAGUGUGAGAGCAGAAGCUGAAACUGGAUCACUGUGAUUUUGCACAUGGAAAAAUGCAGAUUGCAGGCAUAAUUCAUCUCUGACAUUAGAGAAAAAGCUGUUAUAGCACAAUUUAAAUCUUGAGAGUUUUUUUUUUUUUUUUAAGAUAGAAAAGGCUGUUAAUCCUCUUUAGUUUUAUUUUCUAUCCUGCAACUCUUUGGAGGUUUUCAGGAUUCAAAAGAAAUUCAGUAAAGGCACCUAGUAGAUCGCUCCUCUUUCUUUUAUUUUCAUACAUAGAUCUGCUGUACAUUGUAAAUAAAAUUUUUAAAACACAGAAAGAAAUUAAUUUCCCUAAAUAUAAUUGCAAAACAUGACUUUUAUUCUUGGGGGUGGGAUUAUUUGAAUAAGUGGCAUUCAUAUUAGGGUCUUAAAAAAUAAACCCAGGAUCUUAAAAAAAAAAAAAAGAAAAUUUAACAGAGGCUUAUUUUUCAAAAUUUAAGCUAGAAAUGUAAAUAUUCCGCUAACUUGUUGAAGGUACUUUUAUAAACUUAAAGAAUUCUAACCAAAAUUUUGGAAAGUCAGGCUCUUUUAGAAGAAAAGCUACACCCAUUUCCUCAAUAACUAUUCUGAAAGUUCAUAUGGUGGAUUGCACCAUGUAUAAACUGUGAAUUGUAUUGACAAAUAAAGUUUGUAAUUAAAGUCAGCAUCUUCUGAGUCUCCUGCUUGCUACUGAGGGUUUAGAUCUGAUCCUGGCUGUGCAGAACUCCAGGAUGUCACAGUUCAUGCUGAGUUUUUGUGGCUCCUUUGUUCACAGAAUUCAAGAAAUAUUUUUGAUGCAGUAUUUCCACCCUUGUUAAACACAUGCACAUGUUCUUCUUGGUGGCUGUUAAUCAAAAGUAAAAAUCCUGAAAUUUCACUUUUGAAAUAUGAUAUUUUAAAGAGCAUAUAAAUUCAAGAUUGUUUCUAUUAAAUUGUUAUGUCAGUGUCUUAUUUUGUCAUUGUUAGACCUUGUCUUGACCUGCCUGAAGUAAUUGGAAUGCUGAACAUGGGCACCUGAAUGUUUUUGUAAGAAAGGAAAAAAAAAAAAACAAAAAAAAACAGUCAAAGAUCCUGGCAGUAUUGAAGCCUAAAGAAGGUAGUUGCCAACUAAUCUUCUAGACCUCAUACCCCAAAUAUUUGGACUAUAUAUCUUGUCAGUAGCUUACAUAAAUUUAAUUUUUCAUUCCCAAGCACCUUAAUAUUCAGUAAAUAUCCUAAAACUGGUCCCCAACAUUAUCCUUAGAAUUGGGGGAAAUCUAAGGAAGUGUGUACAUAUCAUAGCAAUUUUGUUUUUCAAGCUUCAUUUUGUUUACCUCCUGUGGAGAGAAUGUUGAUUAAGAUUUUGACAUAACCUAUGAGUUUAUUUUUAAAACGGACUAGUUUAAGAAUGAGUGGUUUUGCCCUGAAUGAUAUUUGAGAACAAAAAGUACCAAGCCCAGCAAGAAUUAGGAACUCUCUUAUCUGGAAUCAGACAUGGAUUCUAGACAAGGCUUUUUAUCUGCCUUACAACUAGUAACUGUGAUUACUAGAAUCAAAAAAAUAUGAUUAUUUUGGAGUUUUUUUAUUACAUAAAUCUAUGUACUCUACUACCAUAGCUCAUGUCACACAGUCUUUUUUUUCCAAUAAUAUUUCAUUCUUGCAAUAUAGGAAAAAGUGAAACUUCUAAAGCCAAGAGGGAAUUGAAUAAUAUGUCAUGACCUUCAAAAAAAUAACAGGCUAUAAGGUUUGGUUUCUUUCUCAAAUUCUAAGGAACACAUGGCAUACAUGAAGAACUAAAUUCCACCUUACUAUGUAUAAAAAAAUCUGUAGAAUGCUUUGAUUCUGAAGGCUAGGAGUUCAAAGAGAUGAAGAAAAACUUUACAUGGAACACCAGAAAAAAAAAAAAAUGUAGACAUUCUGAAGAUUUGAGAUAGCUAUUUAUGCCUAAGAACUGGAGGCCUAGAUCAACUUUUGUUUUCCUUUAAAAAAUGUUUGCUGUUCUAGUAAAAAUCAUAACUUAUUUGUGGUUUGCGUUCCUUAUCAAAGUGUGAGUAUAAAUUUGCUUUUGUAUAAAGUAAAAGAUGUCUCUAUUUGAAUACUCAUAACUGCAUUAAAAUUAAUAUAUGA